AAAAGGAUACAGGGUACAUGGAGAACAGUAGAAAGGCAUCAUCAUUAAGGUGGAGGAUCCUUCGUCAAGCCCUAAUUCCUUCUACUCCUUCCACUAAUUCAGAUGAGCAAUCUGAAACGGGUAUCAAGAGUAUUUCUAGAAAGGCAAAUCAAGGGUUCAGUUUGAUACCCUUCCAUUUAGUGGAUAACGGUCAGCCUGAACUUGAACAAGUGAAGCCUACUUCGUUACUGAAGCCAAGAGAAGCUUGUGUGUGCUAUACAUUGCCCAAUCACAAUGCUACCCCGCUCUUUUUGUAUCAGAGAGUGGACACUUGUGCAAACCUUGAUGAUUUUAAGAUCUGUAACACAUAUGACAUUGACAACACGGGCCUUGUUUGUUCUUGGCCAUCAGAGGAAGUCCUUGCAUAUUAUUGUUUAUCGCAGCUAGACUUGUUCAGGUCUAAAAGAGUCAUUGAACUUGGAUCAGGAUACGGCUUAGCGGGCUUGCUUAUUGCAGCUGUCACGGAGGCAUCAGAAGUUGUUAUAUCAGAUGGAAAUCCUCAAGUAGUUGAUUAUAUUCAGCGUAACAUAAAUGUAAACUCCAGUGUUUUUGGUGGUACAAAAGUGACGAGCAUGAUGCUGCAUUGGAAUCAGGAAGCCUUGGAUAUCUCCAACCGCUUCGAUAUCAUUGUUGCAAGUGACUGCACUUUCUUCAAAGAAUUCCACAAAGGUCUUGUUCAGACCAUAAAAUGCUUGUUGAAGAAGGAAGGUCCUUCGGAAGCCAUACUUUUCGGCCCUAAAAGAGGCAAGUCAUUGGACGAGUUCCUAACGGAGGUCAAAGAGAGUGGCCUGCAGUUCACAAUAGAUGAGGUUUACGACACAGAGGUUUGGAGGCGUCAUGAGAGGUUUAUCAACAGCGAUGCCUCGUGGCCUAACUAUGAGAAGGAUCACUGCUAUCCGUUAUUGGUGAGAAUUACACUUUAAAACAUCAUAUGCUCUAUAUUUAUUUUUACUUUCAUCUAUAAUACUUUUGAGUGUACCAGUAGUCACUUCUAGUUAUUCUUGCUGCUGCAUUUUAUAAUUUAUUCAUCAAUAAUAGACACAGGCUGCUGUCCAUUGCUUCGUAA